AUGUUUGUAUUUGAUUCAAUUUUUAAAACAAAACGAACCGAACCAUUUUGGUUCAAAAUUAUAAGAGGAACCAUUGGUUUAAUAUUAACGAUAUUAAUCUUAUUCUAUGCAUUUGCACAAUUUACCGAAUUCUAUCAUAAAUUUAAAAUCCCGGGAGUGCUGAUAUUUGAAGAAAAAAAAUACCAUGUUUUUCCCGAAGUAAGAUUUUGUUUAGAAAGGAGACGAAUACCUUAUCGAGAUAUGUUGAGCACCCAAACAUUAAAUCCUAUACAAUGUGAAUGCCAAACACCGAACGAAAUAUCGACUUGUUCAUGUUAUAAUUUCCUUCAAGAAUCAAGACAAUGUCAAGUAUAUAAGCAAAUGGGAAUUUCUUAUAAUACCAUGUGGUUUACAAUUGAUAAUAUUGAUACUUCAUUUGAAGAAAUUACAUUUGAAACUUCUGAUGAAUCAAGUCAAAAUUUUACGGUAGCUACAUUCCUGACGAUUGGUAUUAAUGAAUUUAAUUUACAAGAUGAUUUGUAUAUGAAAAAUCCCAUUAAUAGUUCAGUAUAUCAACUAUCGGUUCCAAAGGUUUAUCUGACAGGUGGUCAAUGGUUGUUAUUAGAAUAUUCUUUCACUAUAUUCAAUCCUUAUUCGGAUUUGUUUUGGAAUUUAAUCGGUUUGUUUGAAUAUUCUAAAUAUCACAACAUUUUAAAAAUUGAUUGGUAUGAAACAAAUUUUCCUGAUUUGCCACAAAAGAAUAAGAUCGUUGUUGGAAUUAAAGGCAAAUCGAAUUCAACCAGAUAUGAACAAGAACAUCAUCGGUUAACAAUUGCGGGAAAUAUAUCAAGCCUUGGUGGUUUUUAUACAGCUUGUGCAGGAAUUUUCUUUUAUUUAUUUGGUAAUCCAAAGUUAUCUCCUUGGGGUGCGGCUCAAAAAACUAUCUUUAUUUGUUGGCCUUGUAGAAGAAGUUUUCAAAAAAAUCUCGCAAAUCGUUAUGUUUCAAGUGCCGGCAUCCCAUUUGGUGAAAAGGUCAAACGAAUGCCUCCAGAUUCUUCAAUAGAAGAAAGACUUCAAAUAAUAGAAGUACUGUUACAAGAGUAUUAUUUAGAUACGUAUUAUAUUGAUCAAUUGAAAUUGGUUAAACGAAAAUUUCGAAAGAAACGAAGAGAUUAUGAAGAGUUAGAACAAUUACCUCCUCCUGAAGAUGAUUUAACUUUAAACGAACAAGAUUACGAAAACUCUCUCAUGGAAAGAAAAAAUUUUUCUUUGGUUGAUAAAUCAAAAGGUAAAGAACGAGUCAAUUCCAGAUCUCGUACUUCCUCUUAUUACCAUCGAAACGGAUCCUCGAGUUCACCUUCAAUGAUUCAAAUUAUCGAACCUCCUCCUGUUAAUGAAAGAGAUAAUGAAGAAGUGAAUAUUAGCGAUGAUACAAUAAGGCAGUUUAAAUAUUCGAGAAGAUCGAGAAAUUCUUCGUUAGGUACUAAUAACAUAAAUAGUCCAGCAGCUAGUGGAUCUAUUUCAAAGAGUCCUAGACAUAGUGCUAAUAGUUUACCUUUAUUAAACUUUGAUAAAUAA